AUGUCUUCUCGUGAAAUGAUUAUCUUAGUUCUAAUGGUUACAAUAUGCCUACUUGUACCAUCCUUCUUCUGUUUAAUAUGUGUAGCUUGUCGAUUGCAUCUCGAUGCCAUUCGCUCGCGCCGGCUCCAGGUUCUCGAGGCAACAUCAACGUUGCCUCGAGAAUCCUCCGUGAUAGUAACUCUACCUACUUCGGGCCUUGAUGAUUGCACGAUUCAGUCGUACCAAAAGGUAGUCGUUGGUGAAAGUCUACGACUUCCGGGGCUUAACGCACUAAGUUGCCCAAUAUGCCUUGUUGAGUACAGUGCUGGAGAGUCAAUCAGGCUCAUACCUAUGUGCCAACACUGUUUCCAUGUCCAGUGUGUUGAUGAGUGGUUGAAGAUGAAGUCUACCUGCCCCGUUUGUCGAAAUUCUCCCCCAGAUCAUCGCGAAAACGAAAAGCUUAACCAGUUGUCGUUGAUGUGAUAGCUGUUAUUAUCGAACAACAUAGUGGCAUGGUUGGAUUUUUUAAAUUCUUAACUAGAGGUCUAACCACCUUUCACCACCAACUCAAAGACCGUGUAUUUGAUUUAUCAAAAAAGAAAAAUAUGUGGGAAUUUCUAGAGAGGGAUUACGAGUUGGCUAAGCAUAUUAUUCC